AUGAAUAAUUAUUUUGAAAAUUUUGAUGAACUGUUAAAAGAAUUAGAUUUAAAAAAUUAUGUUACCUUUGUAAAAAAAUGUUUUAAAAACGGAAUUAAAAAGAAUGAAGAAACUAUCUGUGCUCAAGAUUUACGAAAUUUAGCUAAAUGUUUACCAAGAGUAUCCGGUGUUUGGUAUGAUUUGCAUAAAAAUAGUUGGGAAGCUAGAUGGUCAGAAGGAACAAAAUCUGCUAGAAAAUAUUAUUCUGUUCAGAAAUUCGGAUUUCAUGAAGCAAGAAAGUUAGCUAUAAAAACUAUAAAGACAAAAGAAAUUAAUUAUUUAUAUAAUAGUAUAAAUGAAGAUUUUAGUAAACCAUUAAAAUGGAAUUUAAAUAAUGAAUUUUUAGAAAUGAAUCAUGAUCCAACUGUAAAUUUAAAAAAAAAAUGUAGAGCAAAAAAUUGUAAAAUAAAAGUAAAAAAAGAAAAUAAUAAUAUUAACAAAAAAAUGAAAAACGAAAAGAAAAAUAAUCAAACAAAAAUCACUAGAGAAAAUAACCUUCUAACUACCAACUUUAAAAAAUAUGAAAAUUGUGAAAUAAAAAGUAAAAUUAAUGUUAAUAUUGAAACAAAAAAUGUAAAACAUACUGAAAAGAGAAUUAAUAAUAAAAUUAUACUUAAGAAUGUAGAAAAUAUUAGAAAUAAUUUUAAUAAUAUAAGUGAAAUUAUCAAGCAUAAUAAAAAUAACUCUUCAAAAGAAUCAAACAUACGUUCAAGUAAUAAUUCUGAAGAAACUAGUAAUAUUAAUCAUAUAAUUAUAAAAGAUGUAAAUGAUCAUGAGAAUCAAAAUGACAUCUUAAAAUAUUCAAGUGUACAUAUAAAUGAAAAAAAAUUGCUAAAUAAAAAUAAAAGUGAUAAUAUCAAUGAGAAAAAUCAAAUUCAAUCAAAGGAAAAUAUAUGUAAUAAAAAAAAAUUUAAUAAUGUCAUAAAUAAUACUAUAAUUAACUCUAAUAAAAUUAAUAAUACUGUUAUGAACAUUGAUAAUAGUUCUACUUUUAAUGGUAACUAUUUAAAUGAAAUAAAAAAUGAUAGAAAUGUUGUAAAAGAUAAAAAUGUAAUUAAUAACACGGCUAAUCAUUACUAUAAAAAUGAUAAAAUGUGUAAUGCAUAUAAUGAAAAUAAUAGUAGCAAUGAUAAUUCUUGCAAUAUAAAGAAAAGUUUUAAUAAAGAAAAUAAUAAAACAAAUUUAAUAAAAUUUCCUUGUGAAAAAAUUUUAGGUUAUAUAUUAUAUCACAAUAAACCUUUUUCUAAAAAUAACUUUUAUAAUAAGCAAAUAGAUUUAUUGAAAAUUAACAUAAAACAAAAAAAUAAUCCUAUAUAUAAAGAAAAUGCUUCAAUUAAUGAUGGUAAAACAAGCAAUGACGUCGAUAUAACAAAAAAAAUGAAUUCCAAUGAUAAAGAUAAUUGCAUUAAUAAUAAUUCCAUUUGUACAAAUAAGUUAAAAAAUGAUAGCUGUAACUUUUGCUUACAUAAAAAUAGUGAAGUAAAUAAAAAUGAUGAAUACAAUUAUUAUGAUAAUUUUAAGAAUACUCAGUUUAGAAAAAAAAUGGGAAAUAAUUCUUAUUUACUAAAUGAUACCCAUUAUAAAGGAAUCUGUAAUAAUAACAAUGAUCAUGAUAACAACCAUAUUAUUUUUAAAAGUGAAACUUUCUCAUCUAACCAAAGUAUUCCUUGCAAUACUAGUAAAACAUUAAAUAACAUUUCAAAAAAGAAUAUUUACAAAGAAGAUACAUUAAAGGAAAACAGUAUUUAUAGUUCUUAUAAUAAUAUAUGUAAUAAAAAAGAUGCAGAUAUUUGUAUUGAAAAAAAAGAAAACAAUGAAAGUUGUAUAAAUUUAAAUUUAAAAGACUCUGUAAAUUCUGAUACUUUGAGCAUAUUUAAAAAUGCAAUAAAUUUACUUCUGAAGGAUCUUAAAUAUAAAUGUGUUCCACAUUUUGAUAAACAAUUUUUAAACAUAGUAGAAAUUAUUGAUAAUCAUUUAAGUUAUGUAAAUUCUAUUUUUAAUGAAAAUUUUUUAAUCACAUAUGUACAUUUAUUUGAUAUUUGUGUAUCUAACAAUAUAUUACCUAGUCAAAUGGAUCAAAAGAUACAAAAAGUUUUUUGUAAUGCUUUGAUAGCUUUUCAUAUUUUAUUAUUCAAUUUUCAAAAAGAAAAAAAAAUUAAUUAA